GGAUGAAGGUAAAACAUGCGAGAAUCUCUUUGAUUCCAUUGGCGUAGAUUUCACCCCCCGCGACGGGAAUAAAAAAACCCAGUCAAACACACUCGGAGGGCAUUCAUGAAUCGUAUCUGUCGCAAAAUGCCAACAACUGGAACAGGAAAGGAAUAUCAUAUCUUCAUGUUGAAGAUUGCAGUAAGAAGAAAAGUUAAUUUUCUACGCAUAUAUUCGUCAACUGCUUUUCUCCGAGAAGCAGUUAGUGGUGUAGGCCACUCCAUGAAAGGAAAGCUUCUGUGCUCAAAACUUUCUGCAAUCACAAUAAUCAUAGGGACUGCCGAUCUGCAAUUGUAGCAGAUCUGUAUGGAGGAGUAUAUUAAGGAGAAUUUUGGGGAGGUGAAUGCCAAUAACUCAUCGGUGGAGGCUCUGGAGAGAUGGAGAAAGGUCUGCUGGCUCGUUAAGAAUCGCAAGCGCAGGUUUCGAUUCACGGCCAAUCUCUCCAAGCGAUUCGAAGCUCGUGCUCUUAGGCGCUCUAAUCAGGAGAAACUGAGAAUUGCUGUCCUGGUUUCGAAGGCUGCUAUUACAUUCACUCAAGGUGCAAGUUACUCUUUGCCAGAGGAUGUCCAAGCUGCAGGUUUUCAGAUAUGUCCUGACGAACUAGGUGCUAUUGCCGAGGGUCAUAGUUUGAGUAAACUGAAAUUUCACGGUGGGGUUGAGGGCAUUGUGAACAAGCUCUCAACAUCAAUCGAAAAUGGGAUUUCUACUUCUGAUGAUUCCAUUAACAAAAGAAAAGAAAUAUUUGGAAUUAAUAAGUUUACUGAAAGCCCUGCCAGGGGAUUUUGGGUAUAUGUAUGGGAAGCCCUCCAGGAUACUACUCUGAUGAUACUUGGUGUGUGCGCUUUUGUGUCUUUAGUUGUUGGUAUAUUGACAGAAGGAUGGCCAAUGGGUGCUCAUGAUGGACUUGGGAUUGUAGCUAGUAUCCUACUCGUGGUAUUCGUGACUGCUAUAAGUGAUUACAAACAGUCUUUACAGUUUAAGGAUUUAGAUAAAGAGAAAAAGAAGAUUACAGUUCAGGUUACUAGAGAUGGCCUUAGGCAAAAAAAAUCAAUUUACGAUUUACUUCCUGGCGAUAUUGUUCAUCUUGCCGUUGGGGACCAAGUUCCGGCUGAUGGACUCUUUGUAUCAGGAUUUUCCUUGUUAAUUGAUGUAUCCAGCUUAACAGGAGAGAGUGAGCCAGUUAAUGUGACAACUGGAAAACCUUUUCUCCUUUCUGGAACUAAAGUCCGGGAUGGAUCUUGCAAAAUGCUUGUCACUACUGUUGGGAUGAGAACUCAAUGGGGCAAGUUGAUGGCUACUCUCAGCGAAGGAGGUGACGAUGAGACUCCAUUGCAAGUUAAACUGAAUGGAGUGGCAACUAUAAUUGGCAAGGUUGGUCUCCUCUUUGCUGUUAUUACAUUCUCUGUUUUGGUGCAAGGUUUAUAUCUGAAGAAACUGAGAGAUGGCUCCCACUGGAGCUGGUCUGGAGAUGAUGCGCUGGUAAUGCUGAAAUAUUUUGCUAUUGCUGUCACUAUCGUCGUAGUAGCUGUUCCUGAAGGGCUUCCAUUGGCUGUAACCCUGAGUCUUGCAUUUGCUAUGAAGAAGAUGAUGAAUGAUAAAGCACUUGUCCGCCACUUGGCAGCGUGUGAGACAAUGGGAUCUGCCACCACUGUAUGUAGUGACAAGACCGGGACAUUAACCACUAAUCAUAUGACUGUUGUAAGAGCUCGCAUUUGUGGGAAGAUCAAAGAUGAUCAUAUCGAUGUUCCCACAUUUGGUUCUGGGAUUCCUGAUAGUGCAAUUAAAAUUCUACUUGAAGCGAUAUUCAACAACACUGGAGGUGAAAUAGUUAAAAAUAAAGAUGGGAAAACUGAAAUCUUGGGGACACCCACUGAGACUGCUCUGUUGGAAUUCGGUCGUUUGCUUGGAGGGGAUUUCCACUCAGUGCGCAGAUCCACAGAAAUCCUAAAAGUUGAACCGUUUAAUUCUGACAAGAAACGAAUGGGUGUAGUCUUAAAAUCGCCAAACGGAGGCUUACGUGCACACUGUAAAGGGGCGUCCGAGAUAAUAUUGGCAGAAUGCAAUAGUGCCUUAGGACCAAAUGGUGAGGUUAUUUAUUUAGAUGAAGCUUCAAUUGCAAGUCUGAAGAACUCAAUCGAUAAAUUUGCAUGUGAAGCUCUUCGAACAAUUUGCCUUGCUUAUAAGGACAUAGGAAGUGACUUCUCCAUUAAUAAUCCUAUUCCCUUUGAGAAGUUAACCUUGAUAGGAAUUGUGGGGAUUAAAGAUCCUGUGCGUCCUGGAGUCAAGGAAUCUGUUGCUAUUUGCAGGUCAGCUGGGAUCACUGUGAGGAUGGUCACAGGAGAUAAUAUAAACACUGCCAUAGCAAUCGCUAGAGAAUGUGGAAUCUUGACUGAUAAUGGACUUGCAAUUGAAGGUCAGAAAUUCCGAGAAAUGAGUGAAGAGGAACUGCUUGAAACUAUUCCAAAAUUACAGGUCAUGGCUCGCUCUUCGCCAAUGGAUAAGCACACACUAGUGAAACAUCUGCGGACUACAUUUCAAGAAGUGGUGGCAGUGACUGGAGAUGGUACAAAUGAUGCUCCUGCACUUCAUGAAGCAGAUAUUGGACUUGCUAUGGGCAUUGCUGGAACUGAGGUGGCUAAAGAGAGUGCUGAUGUCAUAAUCCUAGAUGAUAACUUCUCAACAAUUGUAACCGUUGCCAAAUGGGGACGCUCUGUAUAUGUGAAUAUCCAAAAAUUUGUCCAGUUUCAGCUGACAGUUAACGUGGUUGCCCUAAUUGUCAACUUUUAUUCAGCCUGUUUGACAGGGAUCACUCCCCUCACUGCUGUUCAGCUUCUGUGGGUGAACAUGAUCAUGGACACACUUGGUGCACUUGCUCUGGCUACUGAACCUCCCACAGAUGACUUGAUGAAGUCCCAACCCGUUGGAAGAAAAGGGAAGUUCAUCAGCAGUGUAAUGUGGAGGAAUAUUUUUGGGCAGUCUUUAUAUCAGUUCAUUAUCAUAUGGUAUCUUCAAGGUUUUGGAAAAGCAAUCUUUCGUCUUGAUGGCCCCGGUUCUGAUUUGGCUCUCAACACACUCAUAUUCAACACAUUCGUCUUUUUCCAGAUUUUCAAUGAGAUCAGCUCGAGGGAUAUGGAAAAGGUCAAUGUCUUGAAGGGCAUACUAGACAACUACGUAUUUGUUGGUGUAAUUAGCUGCACGAUCGUCUUCCAAAUCGUUAUCGUUGAAUUCUUGGGAACCUUUGCAAACACUACUCCUCUUACCAUGCAACAAUGGCUGGCAACGAUUGCCCUCGGGUUCCUAGGCAUGCCUGUUGCUGCCGCCGUGAAGAUGAUCCCUGUAUGAUCGAUCAAUCUCUUUCUGAAGAUAAUACACUAGUUUGAUAUCAUAACCAUUAAAGAGUGGCAUGUGUUUGAUUGAAGCCCUUGCGUGCUAAUGGGACAUCUUAUUAGUUUGAUAAGGUAAUUAUUAUGAUUAUUUUGCAGUAUUUCUUGAUAUUGAUUUUUUUUUGAAGAACUAAAUAUAGCUGAUUUUUGUAAUAAGGGGAAGUCUUUUGC